AUGCAUCCUGGCGCCAAGGCUGUCGAGUUCCGCAACCGCCUGUCCAAUGAAUUGCAAGGGGUCAAGCUGCCCAACACAUUGAUCUUCGACUACCCGACAGCUGCAGCCAUCAGCAUGUUCGCAGCGUCUCAGCUGAGCCAAGUGGCGGGCGCAGGACAAGUUGCUCCGGUGGGUGCUCCCGGGAUCAGCGCAUCACAGGUCGAAGCGUUGGUGCUUGAGAUCGCGAGCGAAGUCACCGGUCACGGAGUGGAUCCGCAGGAGCCGUUGAUGGACUCUGGUCUCGACUCUUUGGCCGCCGUAGAAUUCCGAAAUCGCCUGUCCAACGAGCUCCAGGGCAUCAAGUUGCCCAACACGUUGAUCUUCGACUACCCGACGGUCGCCGCCAUCAGCAACUACGCCGUGGCACAGCUGGGCCCCACAACUGCCGCACUGGGCCCAGUCUCCGGCGGAUCCUUCGUGGCCUCUGGCGCCUUUGCCUCAGUGAAGGGCUUGGCUGCCAGCUUGCCCGGCCGCCGCGACGAUGGCUUCUGGGAGGACUUGGUGGAGAAGAAGGACUCUGUCAUUGAGAUUCCCUUCACGCGCUGGGAUCUCGACGUCUAUUACAGCGCGGAUCCAGAUGCACCCGGCAAGACGUACGCAAAGCACGGCGGCUUCAUCGAGGGCGCUGAGCUCUUCGAUCCCUCCUGCUUCGCCCUCUCUGCUGCAGAGGCUGCGACCAUCGAUCCUCAACAGCGGUUGCUGCUUGAGGCAGCGCACACGGCCUUCCUUGCCUCCGGCAAAGAACGGGAGCAGCUGAUGGGCUCGGACGUGGGUGUCUUCGUGGGGCAGUGCCAGUAUGACUGGUUCGUGAUGGUGUCGGUGGGCGACAAGUUCAAUCCAUACACUGGAACUGGGAUUUCAGCUUCCAUCAGUGCGAACCGAACCUCGUACAUCUUCGGAGUGAAGGGCCCAAGCUUGACAUGUGACACGGCCUGCUCUUCCUCCCUGGUGGCUGCCGAUGCGGCGCUGUCUUCCCUUCGCAGGGGAACAGCAGAAGGCGCCCUGGCUGCCGGAACCAACCUCAUUCUUGGUACUGGCCCGUACAUCAGCUUCAGCAAGGCCAAGAUGCUUUCCGAGGAUGGCCGUUGCUUCACCUUCGAUGCCUCGGCAAAUGGCUAUGCACGUGGAGAGGGUGUGGGAGCAGCGUUCCUUGCCGUCCUGGCGGAUGGGGACGGAGACGUGUCCGCCCGAGCCCUGCUCCGGGGAACGGCGGCAAAUCAGGAUGGGCGCUCGGCGUCCCUCACAGCCCCCAACGGUCCAUCACAGCAGGCAGUGAUCCGGCGAGCGCUCUCGGAAGCCGCGGCCAGCGUGGGCGAGGUGGCUUUGAUUGAGUGCCAUGGCACCGGCACUGCGCUUGGGGAUCCCAUCGAAGUGGACGCUCUCAAGACGGUGCUUGGCGAGGCUUCAUCUGUGGCUUUGGGAGCAGCGAAGACCAACAUUGCGCACUUGGAGGGUUCAGCAGGCAUUGCUGGCUUCCUGAAGAGUGUCCACAUGUUGGAGAAGAAGCAGGUUCCUGCGAACUUGCACUUCCAGAGCUUGAACCCGCAUAUCGACUUGGAAGACUUCCAGGCUGUCAUUCCAGUGGAGCUGCACGAGCUUCCUUCUGGCAACGUCGUUUCAGGCCUCUCCUCCUUCGGAUUUGGUGGAACGAACGCGCACCUGACCUUCGGCGGCUCGCCGGGGCGAGAAAGCCAGCGCAUGACCGUCUCAGAACCGGCAGCUAACGAGGGAGCCAUCACUUUCAGGCACGCUUCGUUCCCCUGGCGUGAGACGGCCUACCGGUGUCUGCGACGGAAGAUCACGGAAGGUCGAGAUGUGCACUACGAGUGCACCAUCAAGUCAGACAUCUUCAAAGUCUGUGCCGAGCAUGUGGCCUUCAACGAGAUUGUGGUGCCAGGUGUGGUCUACGUCGAACAUGCAAUGGAGGCCGUCAAAACCAUUGUCGGCAAGGAAGGAUAUUUGAAAGAUCUCGUCGCCGCCUCAGUCGCGAUGGGUGACAAGUUCGAGAUGCGCAGCUCCCGAGGGGACAGCACGGAGAUGAUCACCCACUGUGAAGGACGUAUCGGCCGGGGCCUGGCAGAGCCAGCCACCAUCAAUCUGGAGGAGCUUCGGCAGAUGUGCACGGAAGAGGUUGAUCCCAAGGACGUGUAUGCGGCCAUUCACAAGGGUGGGCUCUGGCUUGGACCGCGCUUCCAGGUGUGCAAGCAGAUGCAACGAAUGCGUACGGGCCCAUCAGGCGAAGGUGGCGACAAGCAUGUCUUGUGUCGGCUGGAGCACUCCCCGGAGUCGCAGCCAAACCAGGGCUUCUUCAUGCAUCCGGCUACCCUGGAUGGUACAAUCCAUGUGCUUGGAGCCACUAUGGUUGGCUGGGAUGCCCCUCUGAAGAUCUUCUCCGGCAUGGGUCGAGUGCAGGCGCACGUCCACCGGAACUUUUCGAGAGAUGAGCAAUACUUCGUGCAUUUGGAUUUGAAGACGUUUUCCGAGCAGGAACAGGUGCCUCCAGCCCUGCUUCAUGUGCCUAAGACGGUGGCAGAUGCACUUGUAUUUGACUCCACGGUCGCCACAAGCGACGGCGAAGUGCUCUUCAAGGGCACCGACGUAGCCUUCCGCAAGGUCACACCAGAACAGAUCAAGAAAGCCAUGGAAAGCCAGAUGGCGGAGGAUGACCAGAAGAUCUAUGAGGUGCAGUGGUCGGAGUUGAAGCCGUCGAAGUCGCAAGAGGAGGAGGAGGAGGAGAGUGAGGGUCGAUCCCUGGUCCUGGCAGCAGAGGACUCCAAGGACGGCGAGUCUGAGGGCGAAGUCCUCUCGCAGCUACCAGGGGCGGAGCUUUCCGGAAUCUCCGACGAGGCUUUGGAGGCACUCGAAGAAGGUGGUCUGUCUGGCCUGACGAGAAUUAUCAGUACCAUCGGCCUCUCAAGCGAAGACGCUGCGAGCGGCUUGGAUCAUGCUCUCCGCCUCAUGAAGGCCUUGGUCAAACUGCCGCCUGGCUCCGAUGCUCCCGAGCUGUGGUUCCUCACCCGUCGAGCAAUUGCUGUGCAGCGCAGUGACAUCGAUGCCGUUCCCUUCCACGCGGGCAUCUGGGGCUUGGCCCGUGCUCUUCGCGCGGAGCGCCCGGACCUGAAGGUGGUUUGCUUGGACGUCGCAGACCUGGGUGUCAGUGCCGGUCUCGUGGCUUCGCGGUCCGGCGCCGAGCCGGAGAUCGCGGUGCGCGGAGGACCCCGGCUGGUUGAUUCCAGCAUCCCGGAGCCGGAGGCCCUGAGCUUCGAUACCGACAGUCACCUCUUCAGUGGUGGCACGGGCGGCCUCGGUCUUCUCUUCGCAGGGUGGCUGGCCGAGCACGGUGUGAAGCACCUGGCCCUGAUGUCGCGGUCUGGACGGAUCCAAGACGAGUCGUUGCAGAAGCUCUUGGACAAGGCCUCCAAGUCCUCGAACGUGCAGAUUUUCAAAGGAGACAUUGGUAGUGAGGCAGACGUGGGAGAAGUUCUCGGGCAAGCGAACAAGACCCUGGCAACAGUGAAGGGCAUUUGGCAUGCUGCUGGGGUUUUGGAUGAUCAUCUCAUGGCCGAUUUGACAAUGGAGCACUUCGAGAAAGUGCUGCUCCCCAAGAUUACAGGCACCCUCAACCUACACAACUCCUCCGCGAGCAAAGGCUUAGAGUCAAAGCUGCAGCAGUUUGUCCUUUUCUCCUCCGUUGCGGCCAUGAUCGGUACUGCCGGACAGGGCAACUACUGUGCCGCAAACGCGUUCAUGGACUCGUUUGCCAGCUAUCGUCUCGCACGCAACCUCCCGGCUGUGUCUGUGCAGUGGGGCCCAUGGGCAGAAAUCGGCAUGGCCGCUCGCGCUGGUACCUCCGAAAGUGUCGUGCUUCGUAUGGGUUUGGCCGACGGCCUGAAAGCCAUGGAGACCAUUCUGGGUGCACAGCUUGGUGGCCACCUGAGUGGAGCGGCGGCGGUGGCUGGAGUGGCCCGCAUCAAGUGGCGCUCCUUCCUGUCGCAGCUUCCAGAGGUUCCAUCCUUCCUGGAGAACUUCCAGCAGUAUGCGCCCAAGGAUGCCAAGAAGGGCGGCAGCCUGGUGGCCAAGGGCGCAGCACCCUCCAAGGACCUGGUGAGAGCAGGCAUUGAGAAUGUGCUCAAGGAGGUCUUGGGAGACGACAGCCUCGAUGAUUUCAGUGCCCCGUUGAUGGACAUGGGCUUGGAUUCACUUGCAGCCGUGGAAUUCCGCAACCGUGUCCAAGCCUCCUUUGAAGGUGUGCGGCUGAGCUCCACAGUGAUGUUUGACUAUCCCACGGUUGCGGAUCUCACCGAUUUCAUCCUGUCCCAGUUUGCGCCGGAAGACGAUGCUGCCGCCGUGGGUCUUGGAGAUGUUGGUGGUGCUCUGCGGGAGCCCUUGUCCAUGAUUGGCAUCGCAGGCCGAUAUCCUGGCAUGUCGGCUCACAACGAUGUUUCCGAAUUCUGGGCGUCCCUCUGCAGCGGCCGAGAUCCCAUUUCGCAGAUUCCCAUCGAGCGGUUCGAUGUCGAUGAGUUGUAUGAGGAGGACCGGUCUGCGCCGGGGCGCGUGUAUGUCCGCGAGGGUGGGUUCAUCCCAGGCAUCGAGGAGUUUGACGCGGCAUUCUUCGGAAUUGCAGAGCCUGAGGCUAGAUCGAUGGAUACUCACCAGCGCCUGCAGACAGAGACUGCCUACGAAAGUUUCUACAACGCUGGCUUUACGAAGGAGACCCUCUCAAACGUGGAGUGUGGUGUUUUCAUGGGUUGCUGCACCCUCACCGGCAUCACAGUUGAGUAUGAAGACAUCGGGCCAUUUACCAACAUUGGCUCUGGGCUCUCUGGCAUGUCCGGUAGAAUUUCGCAUGCACUCGGUCUUCGGGGCCCUUGCUUCACUAUCGACACCGCCUGCUCAAGUACUUUGGUGGCCAUGGACUGUGCGGUGCAAGCCUCGCGACUGGGCCGCCAGGAGCUGGCCUGUGUGGCAGGGACGAACCUGCAGCUGCGCACAGACAUGUGGGUCGGCUUCUGCAAGAUGACUGGCCUGGCUGGUGACGGACGCUGCAAGACCUUUGAUUCUUCUGCAGAUGGCUUUGGCCGUUCAGAGGGCUCCGGCUCCGUGAUCCUGCGUUUGGCCUCUGCGGCGCAAGCCAAGGGCGAGUCGGCCGUCGCCCUGACGAAGGGCAGCUGCGUGAACCAGGACGGGCGCAGCGCCACCAUCACGGCACCCAGUGGCCCGGCCCAGCAGCGCGCCUUGAGCAACUCGCUCCGGGAUUCGGAGCUCAAGGCUUUGGAGGUUUCGCUCGUCGAAUGCCACGGAACCGGAACUGCGCUCGGAGAUCCGAUUGAGGUGGGAGCGCAGGAGAAGAUCUACGGCAAGGAUCGUGCAGAUCAGGACCAGCUCAUUCUUGCGGCUGUGAAGUCGGUUAUUGCUCACUUGGAGGGAGCAGCCGGUGUGGCAGGCCUUACCAAGCUGGUAAAGAUGAUGGAGCACAAGCAGGUGCCGCCAAACCUGCACCUGAAGAAGUUGAAUCCAAACAUCGACCUUUCCAACUUUGCCUGCACCAUCCCCGACUGUGUCAUUGACUGGAAUCCCCCCGCCGGUGCCGUUCGCGUGGCCGGCGUCAGCUCCUUCGGCUUCUCAGGCACCAACUCACACGUCAAUCUCCAGGAGGCGCCCCAGGCUGAGCUCGAUGCUGUGCUGCAAGCCGCCGCCGAGAGGUCCCCACUGGUCUGGUCUCGGAGCGACUUGUCUUACAAGGACUGGGCCAAGCAGCUUUGGUCCACCAUUGCGUGGCAGCCGCUGCCGGCCAGCCAGGCUACUGUGGAUUCCGCCGAAGACUGGCUGGUGCUGGGCGGAGGCGAUCUCGUGUCGACAGCCACGAAGGCGGCCCUGCCCAAGGCCACGCAUGCGGACAUGAGGCGGCUCGCAAGUGCAAAGGAGGCGGAGAAGCUGCUUUCUGAAAGGACCUGGCAGGUGCUCAUCUUUGCAGAGCCCUUGGUUGCAGAAGACCCCAGGCUGGACGGCCCGACCUUGUCAGCUCUGCUGCGCUUGGUGCAGGCUCUUUCCCAAGAGAAGCGCUCCCUGAAGCUGGUGCUCAUGUCUCUCGGCGCGCAGUCGGCCUCCUCCGGAGCUUCCGGAAUCGGCCGUGGCUUGCUGGGUGCGUCGUGUUGGGGCUUCAUGCGCUCCGUUCGCCUGGAAGUUCCCAGCCUGCAGCUGCGGACCGUGGACUUCACCACGGAUGCAGAUCUCUCCGACUUGCUGCCGACAGAGCUCGCGGCGGCCGGCGACUGGCCAUCGGAUGAGGAGAAAGCCGCCGAGGUGGCGGAGAUCGCCUACAUCCAAGGUGAGCGAUGCACUCCAAGGCUUAAGCUAACACCUGUUACACCUGGCACGCACAAGUUGGAGCCAAAUGGGAGCCACAUGAUCAGUGGCGGUUUCGGGGGCCUUGGCCUCUCAAUAGCACAGGAGCUCGUUGACAUGGGGGCUCAAAGCUUGAUUCUGGUGUCACGCAGCGGCCGAGUCUCCGACGAUGAGAAGUUGCAGCAGAUGUUCAAAGAGCUCCAGGCAUCUCCUGCGACAGUCCAUGCAUGGUCCUGCGACGUCGCCGAUGCGGCGAAGACGCGCGAGAUGUUGAAGAAGACGAAGUCCAUGGAGGUUCCUUUGCAAAGUGUGGUGCACGCUGCCGGCAUCAUCGACUUCUGUGAGCUCGGCAAUCUGACUACAGAGAGCAUGGAUGCGGUCUUCAAGCCAAAGGUCUCGGGGGCCUGGAACCUGCACAGCGAGAUCAGCUCGGGAGAAGUGGACCUGACAGCCUUCGUGCUGUUCUCCUCCGUCUCCUCCUUGGUAGGACUGUCCUCCGGCAUCACGUACUCGACGUCCAAUGCCUAUCUCGAUGGUCUCAGCUUGUGGCGGCGCGCUGCCGGCUUGGAGUGCGGAAAUCUGAGGUGGGGUCCAGUUGCCGAUGUGGGCAUGGCGGCCAAGGGCGAGGCCCAUGGAGCAUCGGACUCGGCCCUGAAGCUGAUCUCCCCCAAGCACGUCCGCAAUGCCUUCCACCGCGUGCUCGCGAAGCCUCGCCUGGCGCUGCCGCCUGCGCUGCUCUUCGCGAGCCGCCUGCCUGCGUUUGGCAUGGGCCCCCUGUCCCCCCAAGACCAAGCCAAAAAGGCGCUUCAAGCGCCUCGAGGCGCCCGCGAAACGGUCUUCAGCAUCGAAUUAGAAUCUUUGAACCUCAGGAGCUCAAAAUCCAGCCUGGAGCUCCGUAAAUGGAGGAAUCAAGGGACGUAA